GAAAUAGGUUUUUAUAUAAUAUUAGUACCCAUAUACACACACAUUAGUCUUAACGAAACGAAAUUAUCAAAGUAAUAGCACCACACACCUCAAUCAUAGACGAGUGCGGGCGAAGAAAGGCAGCGAACGACAAUUUUGCAUUUGUGUGUGUGUACUAGAACACUAUUGCUGCUGUAUGUGUGUUUGGUUUUGUGUGUGAAUGAAAAACCUGCAACUGUGAAAAAAUAUAACCAAAAAUAAAGGCAAUUCGGGCGGCGGCAGCGGCAGCGCCAACGACGACUACGGUUGUGGCCAGUGCGAAAGUGCGUUGACUUGGUCGCAAUCCGAAGCGCAGCAGGAGCAGCAGGGCGGGAUGGCGGACGCUCAGCAGCAGCAGCAGCAGCAGCAACAGCAGACGCAACAGACGCCAGCGGUGGCUACUACUACAAGUGGCAAGAAAAAGUGCAAAAACAAGAAGAAAACUAUUGAAAAGCAGCAAGAGCAGCAGCAGUCACAGCAGAAUAAACAGCCAGUCGAAAAUGGCCAUGCCGGCCAUGAGGCUGCAGAAGUAGUGUCGGAUGCCGAUCCAGAGCUACAGCAGAAUGAGCUUCAAUUUCAGGCGCUGAAACUUGAGUUCCAGCAGUUGCAUAUCUGUAAUGGCCAUGGCGAUGGAGAGGAAGCAGAGGCGUCUAAUGCCACGCCCCUGCCAGCACUGAAUGGCCAUGCACAUGGCCACAAUAACAACACCAACAAUAACAAUCACAUCCGAAGCAGCAACACUAACAGCAGCAACAAUAGCCAUCACGACAACAACGUGGACAGCAGCAACAAUAAUAAAGCGAAAAGGAACAACAAGCAGAAGAAGCAUCAGCAGCAGACCACCACCAUAACAUCCACAAUAGCCACAAGCGACACCACUGCCAACACACAAACAACCACAGCAACAACCACAAAGACAACGCCGACAGCAAUCGGAACGGGGGCUGGGAUGGCGCCAUCGACCUCAGCUGAGGCUGGAGCACCAGGUGUCCCAGAUGCAGAUGCAGUCGCCUCGCCCACAAUUGAGCUCCAGCUUGAACCUGCCACAUUAGCCACGGAGAUUGUCUACAAGGAAUACGAGGCCGAGCAUCAAAUGCACGACAUUAUGCGUCUGAUCCAGGCGGAGCUCUCCGAGCCUUAUUCGAUAUACACGUAUCGGUAUUUCAUUUACAACUGGCCAAAACUGUGCUUCCUAGCCUCGCAUGAUAAUCAGUACGUGGGCGCCAUCGUAUGCAAGCUGGACAUGCAUAUGAACGUGCGACGCGGCUACAUAGCCAUGCUGGCGGUGCGGAAAGAGUAUCGCAAACUCAAGAUCGGCAGCACCCUGGUAACCAAGGCCAUUGAGGCCAUGCUGGCGGACAAUGCCGAUGAGGUGGUGCUCGAGACGGAGAUGCGCAAUGAGCCGGCGCUGCGUUUGUACGAGAAUUUGGGCUUUGUGCGUGAUAAGCGACUGUUUCGCUACUAUCUAAACGGCGUGGAUGCGCUGCGCCUGAAGCUCUGGUUCAGAUGAGUCGAGCCGGCGGCUGCCGUUGAAAUUGUCGUCUAAAAGUAGCCGCCAACGCCAACACCUUCGCCGAAUACGACGACGACACCGCCAGCAGCAUCAAACAGGAGCAGCAGCAUCAGCAUUACUUCCAGGCCACUGUUUUGCAGUGUGGUCCAAUGUCCCUGCUCAUCGGCGGCUAAAGAUAUCUUUUUUUUUGUACCUAUUCAAACUUAGGUUCACCCCAUCCUUGCUCCCUGACCUCCUGUCUGCCUCCCACUAUAUUUCCGUUUUGUCUCACUCUCUCUCUCUCUUUAAAUUGUAAAUUAUUUUACGUACUCUUGCUUUCUUCCUUCCUUGAUUCUUUGUUUAAACGUAUGGCUUAUACAUAUAAAAAUGGGACUCGACUCCCGGUACAGCAUUGAAGUACUUUUACAGAAGGCAAUUUUUGUAUGGAAAUACGUGAUUUACAUGCGUAAAAGAAAAACUAUACCUUAAGUUCGUAUGCGAGCAAUUAGUUAAUUACGUUUAAAGCUACCUUUUAAUAGGCAAUAGACAUGCGGCAUUUCGUAUCGAAUAUGAGAAGAAAAUCAUCACGUAAACGCCACCCACGAUUCAGAUGCCACACGGAAUGCAUUCAUAUAUACCCCACACAUACACAGAGAAAAAGCUAUACACCUAGAAUCAGAUUUUUUUGUACAAAAGAUAUCCCAGGAGCCCAGGAGAUCAGGAAGGAAAUUCUACGAACAACUCAACUGUAUAUCAAAAAAAUAAAAACAAAUUGGAACAAAAUUAAGGGAAAAAAACACACACAGAACACACGCACGCAUAUUGUAGCGAUAUAUAUAUAGAUAUAUAUACAUACAUACCUGUGCGGCUGUACAAUUGCGAGUGUAAUAGGUUUAUCGACGGAUCGAUCGAUCGAUCAUGCAAGAUGGAGACUUCUAGUUCAAAAUAGUGGCCCCUCCCCCCUCUCUCCAAAGUGGAUGCCUUAACUCAUCUUCGACUCUCAUCCCCGGCCCGCCCCGGUCCGUUCUGGUCUCGGUCUACAAUCAAAGUGUCAUCAUCCAUCUACCCAUCCCGAGACCAUUGGCCGACAUUUCCCUAUCGGCUCCCCCACGCCCAAGUUUUGUUAUGGAAAACCCCGCCCCCACACCGCCACACAGCCCACACAUAAAUGAAGAUGAGGUGAAUCAAACCCCAUGAAAACUAAUAUUGAAAGAAUGCAAUAAAAAAUUUCAGCAAUUA